AUGUCAAGAGUCUCUUUAAUCCUCCUCUCAAUCCUCCUAAUAACCCAUUUAGGAGAGAGCCGUUCGUUGGGCAAGAAUUCCAGCCUUAUAUCCGAUGGCAUACACCAUGGCAGCCAUUCUCCAGUCCUUGAAGUACUGGAUUUCAAAGCAACAACGGUUACCUGUGAGCCCAUCUAUGGCUUCCUGCCUUGCACAACAGAGGUCUGGGGGCAGCUGUUCAUGAUAGUAAUAUACGAGGUUUUGCUGUCCAUGGCAGGGACAUAUGUUUCCAAUGGGUCCAACCUCUUCUUCCAAAUGUUUGGAACUGGUGUCUUUGGUGCCAGCUUGUUCCAUGUUCUUGGCACAAUCCCACAAGUGGUUUUGGUACUUGUGACUGGAGUGACAGCUACUACAGCUACGAUUGAAACACUGGCAACAAUGGGAAUGGGCUUACUUGCAGGAUCAACAAUCAUGACUCUAAGUUUAAUCUGGGGUUCUGUCGUUGCUUUUGGUAGCUAUGAUCUUUCAAAGCCUUCAGCUAAUUCAUCAGAAGUGGAAAAUAAGACACCAUUCAGUUUAACCGGUUAUGGUGUUAGCACUGAUGUUGAGACCUACUAUACUGCUAGACUAAUGAUUGUAUCGAUGAUCCCAUUUCUCAUGCUGCAACUGGCAAAAGUUCUCAAUUCAUCUUCAGGGACACGAAUAGUAGUCUUAGUCUCCCUCCUUGUUACAAUUUCUUUCCUAAUCGUUUACUGCACCUUUCAGGUAUUCCAGCCGUGGAUUCAGAGCAGAAGACUUGAAUACUUGCUGCGUAAGCAUGUUCAGACAAACCUACUUCCAAGCCUUCGAACUGCUGGUGGCAGACCUAACCUAACACGUAUAAAAGAGAUUUUUCACAAAAUGGAUCAGAAUAAUGACAACUAUAUAUCUCCUAAGGAGUUAAGAGCUUUAAUCUUGGGAAUACAAAUAGAAGUAGGUGUAAAUAUGGAUGACCUCGAAGAAGAGCUGAUGAAGGAGUUCGAUAUAUCUGGUGAUUCUAAUGUAACUGAAUUUGAGUUCGUCAAUGGAAUCAAAAAAUGGCUUUCUGAGUCUCAGAACUCUACGAGUGAUAAAGAUCAGGACAGGCCAAAGUUUUUUCGCAGCAUCUCGGAGAAAACAAGUGAAGAGCAGAAGAGUCUAGUGGCUCAGAAAAAAGCGACUAAUAAGAGCACUGAUAAAGGGUGGUUGAAUUAUGUUAAGGCAGGUUUUCUAAUUGUUCUAGGAACUGCUAUCACGAUUGUGCUUGCACAGCCCCUUAUGGAAACUCUCCAGGACUUCUCUAGCUCUGUAAACAUCUCCUCCUUCAUGGUAUCAUAUGUUGUGAUACCCUUUGCAAUGAACUACAGACAGGUUCUGAGCACAAUUACUUCUGCCAGAGAGAAGACAGAAAAAGCUAUCUCCUUGACCUUUUCUGAGAUUUAUAAUGGAGUAUUCAUGAACAACAUGAUGGGGUUAGCCAUCUUCUUGGCUCUUGUUUACAUACGGGAUUUGUCUUGGGAUGUCUCAGCUGAAAUUCUGGUUGUUCUACUUAUAUGCACUGGGAUGACUCUCUUUACCAGCUUCUGCACCAAAUUCCCAUUCUGGACUUCCAUUCUUGCCUAUCUUCUCUACCCCUUAUCUCUUCUCCUCAUUUAUGUUCUCACCACUGUUUUUGGAUGGUCCUAA